AGAAACUACUUUAUAUGGUCUAGCCAUUCACUAGCCGUCUUUGACCUGGACAGUGUCUCUACUCUGACAUCGGUUUAGUUUUUGACUUCUCGUCCUCUUAAGAGUGUAUUUGGCAGUUCGAUUUCCAAGCUUCAUAAUACGGCUUCAUUCUGAUGGUACACAUAGUACUCCGCUCUCGCCGUCCGUCACAGUCUGAAUCUUCAUAAGCAAGUAGUCGUAAAUGAAGAAGGAGCUGCUCUAGCUACAGAAAGGAAUGGAAGAUCUUCAGUACUUAGACUCCAGUGAGACAACAAGAAGAGCAGGAUAUUCCUGAGAAAAAUGGAUGCUCCUCCUGCAGCACCUCCUGCGGCGCCUGCCGCACGACCCCUAGAAGGAGGCCCGACUGCAGCAGCCUCGUCUUCAUCAGCAAGUAGUAGCUCAUCGUCACUGAGACAGCAGCCACAGCAACAGCGUAGAACACUGAGCGACGUUCUUGUGCGUGCUGGCGGAUCCUUCUCGAAGUGGAAAACUGCCAUUCUAGAGGCAGAGAGAGAGGACCUUGCGCGACGUCAAACACAACUGGACAAGAACUGCAGCAACAAGCUGGCGAUGGCUCAGGUACUUCCUUGGGUUAGUUCUCCUGUUGAUAGAUUCCCCACGAAGGAGGCGAGUGCUGCUUGGUGAAGAAGAGCCGAACACCCCUCAAAUUUCUGUGAUGUUGUUCACACACCUCAUACUCAUGCUCAUUCCAGAUCAAUGCGUGGAGCGUUGUGGCGAAGAUGCGCGCAGGGACGCAGGGCAACUUGCCCCAACAUGUGAAGUGCAUUGUUUCGAGCUUUCUAGGAGAGCAGGUUCAGCGUUUUUCUGCCAUUGCAGCUGAGGACUCCGCCUUCAUGGUCAAGAAUGUCGCGAAGUUCUCCCUUCGAGCUAGGAGAGAGGCUGAUAGACUCCAGGCGAUCGACUUCUACCUCGGCCACAUACACGCGCAAGCAGCACAAGGCAUCCACCGCGUCGAAAUCUCGAAAGAGCUGUGUGCACGGGCGCCGAAGAUGGCAAAUGGUGAGACUGUUCGGCUUGAUACAGUAUUCCACGCUCUAGAAGUAAAAGGAUACAAGAUCAUCAACUCUGACGGAACUCGCUUCGACUUAGACGAUGUCGACGUAGCACAGGACAUCAUUGACCCGGCCACGAGCACAGCGCUGCCGCUGUUCGUGUCUUUCGGCAUGCGCAGAGCGAACGAAGAGGACGGCCUUUUCGUUGCGAUAGAGGCUCUGGAUCGGACGCAUGGCAAGAUAAUGAUGAUCGGCCAGGCGCUAACGUCGAACGUGCCUGCCUCUGAGAAGCGCAUCGAAAGAGAUAGAUAUCUCCAAGAAGCGGCGCGUCGCGAUACUCUGCUAUCUGCCAUCAAACGAACGCAGGACGAAGCGGCAAGGCUUCUGCUGGAGCGAUUUGCGAAGAAUCUUGCUGCCGGAGUGCCAGAGCUGGAGGUCACCCAAGAACUAAUCGACAGACCUGAAUAUCCGAGACUACCGAGCGGUAAGCACUGUCCUCUAUCUGGUGCACAGCUGGCGAAGCUUCAUCAAAGCCUCCCUGCAACCUGCUCCAUCUUCUGGCGGCUCAAUGCAGUGAUUAAAGCAGUUGACGACACAGAUGUCCCUUUUUACUUCGCCAAGGUGAAUCUCACUCGCGACAAUAAUGAGGAGGAGCUGAGCUGGCGAGAGCUUUCCGACCUCGACGAUCCACUGCCUUUCACGAUCAAGCUGAGGUAGGCAGGCUUCCUGCGUUGAAUGUGGUCGCUGGUGAAGAUGGUCUCGUCUUUCUACUAGUUGGACUAUAGACUAGGCGCAGCCAUUCAUGGUGGAGGAUCGCUUGUCGGACCUUUGCAGGGCACAAAAAGGAAGUCGCUUUUUUUAAGUUUUGGAUGGAAAGUUGUGAAAGAGGUGAUCAUGAUGUAUCCCUGAGCCCAGUCGUGGACCACAAUCUUCAUUCGUAUCCGCUAGAGCUGUUGGAGGCCGAUAGGCAAAGAAAUAUAGACUCAGUGAAACAGGUUUGUAGACCCAGUGUAGGUUCGGGCCAGUUUUUAUUUACGUUGGAUUACUACUGCGCGAACACCUUUUAGAGGCG